AUAUUGAAAACUCUGCCGUCAGUCCACAUCAAAUGAUGAAACUGUGCUCAUCUCGCAGAAGCUCUAAUCUGCUAAAUAUUGUGAUUGAUCAACGUCUUAGAAUUGACACCUGUCGAUAUCUAAUCGAGAUACUAUCGCGACGCAUAACGGGCGAAUAAAGCGGAUACACGCUCCAAAAAAACAGCGGCAACUAUUCUGUUCUGGCAUAUACCCAUUGUGAAAACGGUUAUUAUUAAUUCAAACCUAGAAUAACGUCAAGAAAAGAUAACAACAAGAAGAAGAGGAGAGCAAACAACUCGAAAGCAAAGCAAAUCAAGUGCAGGAAUUGAAACUAUUCCAUGGGCAAAAGAUAAAGAAGCGAAACGAGCUCCGAAAAAAAGAAGAAAAACAGCCAAGAACGUAAGGCAUUUCCAAAACAAAAUUCGCAACGAAUGAAAUGAAAAGUUGGAAGAGACGGGAAAAUCUUUGAAGAAGGCAAAUAACAGCAGAAAGAAAAUCGCAUAAUACAAGGCAUUUUCAAAAAAAAAAGUGAUAUACUAAAGAAAGUAAAAAAAAGAAAACAAAAAUUAAAGUCUCACAAAAUCCAGUGAAAAAAAUUGAAAUAAAAUUUAAAAAUAAAAAAAUAUUUUCAAAAAGUGUAAAGUUUGGUUUUCAAAACAAAAAAAGAGUUUUCCAUAAUAUUUAUGUGUAAAAAAAUUAGUGUCUAUAGUGCUUGAAAAAAAUAUUUUUUUAAUCACAAGCUCACUUGUGGGAAAAUUAACAUCUUUGUAAUUUUCUUAAAAGAUUAAAAAAACGGAAAAAAACGCCUCAGUGAGACUUUUAUCAACUUUGUGGAUUUUCCUUUGUUUUCUACGUCUCCCCCUUACAUCCAUCCACCAAACGCUUUUUGGUUUUAUUAACUUUUGCGUUUUAAACCUACCUAUCACCACCACCACAGUUUGUUUUUCCUUUGCUUUGUUUUGAUUUUCACACAAACCAGCUGGUUCGACCUGUUCCUACAUCUAUGGAGUUUCACCUAGACAGUGCAGAAUACUGCCAGGCACAGCACAAAUAAAAAGGGGAAAAAUUCCGUAGCGGCGAAGGAUUGAAAAGAAAAUCGAAACGUUUACGCAGGCGCUUAAAAGUAAGACGAAGAAACUGCAAGUUUAAGAAGGGAAAGCAAGAAAACAAAUAGCAACGGGGGAAAGAUAAUACCAACAUUAAAAAUACAUAGACAUAACCCGGUAAACGUAACACUCAACAGACUCAAACAUCGAAGGAACGAUAGAUAGAGAAAGUAUUACAAAAUUCAAGAAAGAGAAACAACUAUCAGAUCAUAUCAGAAGGAAGAGUUAAUACAUCAACGCAAAUCACCAAACUAUAGCAAUUUCAAAGAAAAACACCAUAUUCAAAAUAUACGCCAACGAAGUCCAUAGAAAAGUCCAGGCCAUAUUCGUCAGCGCAACUAUCAUAAAACUUCACAAACCCCCCCCCAAAAAACUCUAACUAAGGACAUUGAUUACAACAACAAAAACAACAUUACAAAACAUAGAACAGGGAUCUUUAUUGUAAGGAGCAUAGGAGGAAAAUAAGAAAAGUAAAAAAAAAGCAAAAGUGAAUAUUUUUUAACUAUUUUUUCUAAAAAAAAAAAAAAAAAAACAAAAACCCAACAACAAACAAUUUUCUUAAUUUUUUUGUGAUAAUUUUUAAGCUUAAAAAGGUUAAACUUAUCCUAACUAGAAAAGAAGGAGAACAAAAACGAACUUAAAAAAUAUUAUUCAAGUACUUAAGAGAUAAAAACUGGCUUAAAUCUUUGUAAAAACAUAAACAACAAAACUUUGCUAAAAAAUUUUAAUGUAAUUCAACAAUUUUGAUUUUGAAGAAAAAUAACAAACGCUGAAUUUAGAAAGAAAAA